CUUAAGGUUGAUAAGCCAGAGAUGAUGAUUGCAUUUACUUGUAAAAAAUGUGAUACCAGAUCUAGUCAUGUCAUGUCCAAACAGGCUUACACUUCAGGUACUGUCUUGAUUACUUGUCCAGGAUGUAAAAAUAGACAUUUGAUAGCUGACCAUUUAAAAAUUUUUUCAGAUGAUAGAAUCACAAUCCAAGAUAUAUUAAAUGCCAAAGGUGAAUCAGUCUCUUCAAAUACAGAUGAUCUUGUUUUCGAUGAUAUUCCGGAAAAAUUGAAGGGUUUAAUUGGUCACCAUGCAAAAGAU